CGCCUGUUUCCCAUUUCUCAUACUCAGAAUUAUUACAUUAUCGUCCUUCCCGGCCUGACUAACUAAGCUGGUGAAACCAGGAUCAACUCAGCAGUUGAUAUGAGUGACACGUGACCAUGCACUCAGUAAUCACGCAAUCGAACAUGGCCAUCUCCAGCUUGAAGCUCUGGCUAUGUAAUUGAUCUUGACUCAUUCUGUGAUCAGAUUAGCCCGUCAAUUUACCCGUCAAUCAUGUUACGCAGCAGUGUCAGACUCUUUUCCACCACAGCUUGCAGGGCAACGCAGAGUAUUGCGCAUAUUGAGUCCAAAAACGCUUACGGCAUCCAGGUUUCGAAGGCCCAAGGUGUCGUUAAGGGCCUCACCGGAGCAAUUGGAAAUACACCACUCAUACGAUUGAACCGGCUCUCAGCGGAGACUGGUUGCGAAGUUCUUGGCAAAGCGGAAUUCCAAAACCCGGGAGCAGCGUCAAGGAUCGCGCGGCACUAUAUGUUGUCAAGGACGCGGAGGAGCGAGGGCUUCUAAAACCUGGUGGAACGGUUGUUGAAGGCACAGCCGGAAAUACUGGAAUCGGCCUUGCCCAUGUGUGCCGAUCAAAGGGCUACAAACUCAUCAUAUAUAUGCCCAACACGCAGUCUCAGGGCAAGAUCGAUCUCCUACGACUUCUAGGUGCAGAGGUGUACCCGGUUCCCGCUGUUGCCUUCGAAAACCCACAAAACUAUAACCAUCAAGCCAGAAGACAUGCCGAGUCUCUGGACAACGCUGUCUGGACAAACCAGUUUGAUAAUACAGCCAACCGCCGCGCACAUAUUGAGACCACAGGCCCAGAAAUAUGGGCACAAACUGGAUGCAAAGUUGACGCUUUUACCUGCGCAACUGGCACUGGUGGCACUCUCGCUGGCGUUACGAGAUAUCUGAAGACCGUCAGCGACGGGCGUGUUAAGAGCUUCCUCGCAGAUCCACCAGGAAGUGUGCUGUACAAUUUUAUAUCAAGCGGCGGAAAGCUUAUUGAAAGGACGGGGAGUAGUAUAACCGAAGGAAUUGGCCAGGGUCGUGUUACGGACAAUCUGCAACCGGAUAUUGACCUAGUAGAUGGAGCUUUGAGCAUCAGUGACGAAAAGAGCAUCGAGAUGGUCUACCGAUGUCUGGAUGAGGAGGGUCUCUAUCUUGGCGCCAGUUCGGCACUCAACGUCGUUGCGGCCAAGGAAGUUGCUGAAAAGUUGGGCAAGGGCCACACCGUCGUUACCGUAUUAUGUGAUGGCGCUUACAGAUAUGCCGAUCGCCUAUUCUCUAACAAGUGGCUACAGAGCAAGAACCUACGUGAAGCGAUACCAAAGCAUUUAGAGAAGUACAUUGUCUUGGAAUGAUUUAUUCAUUAUUUAUUUCAUGUAUACAUUAACUUUGUUGGUUUAGACUGUUGGCAUAACUAUUUAUAAGAAACGUAGAAAUCAUAUGAACAGUCCACAGGCUAUGCGAACGCUACAUAACUUCA